UUCCUCAAUAAAACUUCCGGAACAUCAGCUGGAAACAAAGACUUACUUGUCUCAGCAUUUCCAGGAUUUGUCAUUGAUGAUACAAUGCAAGGUGAAAUAGGAUAUAUGGCUUACGGUGGAAUCAUGUCUGGAAGUAACAAUAUAAAUUUUGGAACGUGGGCUCCGGGAAAGGUUCACAUGACAACAGGUACGGCUGGUGGACCGAUUGCCUUCUUUGACAAGAAAGACAACGUUGUGAUCAUCGCGCCCUUUAGUGAAUUCAUGUCAGCAUCGAACCAACUGAACAACACAUCGAAUCCCGAAACUCUGGAUUGGGGAAUUAUGGGUGGGGUUAUGGAAAUUCCGGAAGAUUUCAUGUCUCAAUAUAUGAUCUUCUACAGUCCCAACGGGAUUAAUCAGGCCUUUCAGGAAUGGGGAAAUAUUAUGAGAGAUUUUUAUGGCAAAGAUCCGUACUAUAGAAAAUCGGAUAUGACGAUUAAUUAUCUUGGAUAUUGGACUGAUAAUGGUGCUUAUUACUACUUUAAAACCGAGGGAGACGAUACUUAUGAACAGACAAUAUAUGAUUUACAAAGUAUGGCUACCAAACAAGACAUUCCUUACAGAUAUGUUCAGUAUGAUGCCUGGUUUUAUUUGCGUGCUAAUGGUUCAGCGGGUGGUGGAACUGGAACAAUUCACUGGGAUUCACUUGCUUCCGUCUUUCCUUCGGGAAUGCGAAAAGUGUAUGAAAAUACUCAGUGGCCAGUUCUUGCUCACAAUAUGUAUUGGUCAAACCAAACAACCUAUGCUAAACAAAAUGGCGGCAAUUAUAAUUUUAUUCUGGACCCUGAUGGAAAAGCACUGCCAUUUGAAGAAAGAUUCUGGAAUGAUUUAUUCAAGUAUAGUAAAACAUGGGGUUUAGUUGUGUAUGAACAGGACUACAUGAAUGAUAAUACAGAUUACAUAAACCAGAGUAUAUCCGAUGUUUAUUCUGCCAAAACAUGGAUGAUGGAAAUGGGAAAUGCUGCUAGAAAGAAUGGUUUGACUAUUCAGUAUUGUAUGGAUUAUUCUAAACAUCUACUGACAGCUUUAGAAAUACCCGUUGUAACCCAGGCAAGAGUAAUGCAGGACAACACACCUGGGUCAGAUCAUUGGCGAAUAGGGUAUAGUUCAAUAUUUGCUGAAGCCAUGGGAAUAGCCCCAUUUAAAGAUAACUUUUGGACAACACACGAUGAACCUGGUAAUACUUAUAAUGGUACAGAACCUAACGGAGCACUACAGGCGUUGAUCGCAACCAUGAGUACAGGACCUGUUGGACCAAGUGACGAAAUUGGGAAAACUAACGCCAGUCUUCUGAUGAGAUGCUGUAAUGCAGACGGUUUGAUACUAAAACCAUCCGUUCCUUUUACAGCUAUAAAUAAACAAAUCCAACAGAUGGCAUUUGGUAAUAACUUUGGCCCCAAUGGAGAUAUAUAUUCUUCUUAUACUGAUAUAUCUGGAUAUAAAUUUGGAGUUAUCUUAGCUGCCAACAUGAAGAACUCUUAUUCUCUUGCUCUGGAAGACACCGGAUUAGGAAUGACCAAGUUUUGAUAUAUGGUGAAGUUGAUAAAUGGGCGACCAUGUCAAAUAAUCGAGUAACUACGAUACGAAUUAGCUCUGUGGAUCUCUACCUUCAGCUUAAUGGUGUUCCAAAUGAAAUAGUAAGCUUCCGGUUUUUCAGAAACAUGAAAGAAGAGAUAGUGAAAUGUAGCCUAGGACCAAUGGGUUCUGCUGAAUUAAGUCUUAACGAUAACGUGUGUACUUACUAAUUGAUAUCUCCUAUGUUUAUAA